AAUGGAUUAAAUGGAGUAUAAACUUUUGAAUAGAUACUCGGCAUACUCCAAACAUGCCUCAUGUUUCCUUUAUGUCGUGAAUUGAGAAGGCAUUUCAAAUUACCGAAAUUCUUUAACGUUAUCCAAGAUUUAUAUUUUGGCAGAAGCCUGUCUGCAUAUGGAUUGCUUUUAAAACGAAACUGGUGUGAAAGCGUUGCAGACAAAAACAACAUGGCGACUUUGGAGACUUUGAAUUUUGAUAAUUUGGUCUUGCGGUCUCUACCAAUCGACCCGAUAAAACAGAAUUUUGUUCGGCAAGUUCCAAAUGCAUGUUUCUCGCUUGUGGACCCGACAGCAGUGAAGGAUCCCGAGGUAGUAGUACAUUCAGAAAGCGCAAUGGGUUUGCUUGAUUUGACUCGAGAACAAGUGGAGAGAGCAGAAUUUGCCGAGUAUUUUAGUGGAAAUACGAAACUACCCGGCUCACAAACUGCUGCUCAUUGUUACUGUGGUCAUCAAUUUGGAAGUUUUGCUGGCCAGCUUGGAGAUGGUGCAGCAAUGUAUGUAUUUGACAUUCAAAUUAUUAAUAUGGUAUAGGAUACUGAAGGGCAGUGGCGUGCUGCCAGGGGGGGCCGGGGGGCCACGGCCCCCCCAGCUGGCAAUUUUUGGGGGGCGCAAAAAUGAAAAGGGGGCGCCGAAUUUUGAAGUAGGUGGGAAGAAACGCAUUCGAAAAAAUUACUUACGAAUUCCUCCAAGGAAAGAUGUGUUUAUAGACUUAUAAACAGACUAAGCGCAUAGGCGACAAAGUGAGUAUAUUAAAUUGCAGACUAUUUUGUCUAACCGUAUUUGCUACCUCACGACUCACACGAAAUCACUCGUUCAUAUAGAAACAUGAUCAGUGAUCACACGCAAUGUCUCAUUACCGGAAUAUUGAUCAGACUUCGAAGCGAUCACGGGAAUUAUGCGCCUUUUUUGCUGGUAUUAUACCCUUAUAUUAUGCCCUUUAUUAUGCUUCACGAAUCACGAGAGCGGCGCAAAUUAGAUAGUUGAAGUAUGAUAAUGUACAGUUGUGUACGCAAUUUAAUUGUUUGCGCAAGAAACAUUAUGAGUAAUGUAAGUAAUGAGAUAAUGAUGAAACACGCCCUUUUGGCAGCCAGGCAAAGGAAACCUUAAAAUGCAUAUGCGUGGGGUCCGUGUGUUAUUGUAUAAAAGAGCUGUAAGUUGUAAAUGUAUUCAGAUCAGUAGAGAAUAGAAUUGGGAUUAGAUUAAUUUGUGGAAGUAGUUAGCAUUGCCCAAUUUAAGUGCUACUACUAAAUUCUAACCAAUUUUCAAAUUUCGACACGUUGUAAUGCCGUUUCCUGACCAUCAGAUUUCUGUCAAAUCUUCUCCCAAAGUCCAGGAAAUGCCAUUUCAGAGACUCUAAAUUCAAAAAUUUUCCUGGGGGGCAUGCCCCCGGACCCCCCUAGACAAACCUCGCACCUGCGGCGCUCGGCUCGUGCCUUCGGCCCUCGUUUAUCAAGGGUAAUAUUAUAGGGGCGCAUAUUAGUUGCCAGCCGACUGGCCCCCCCCAGAAAAAUAGUACCCAGCACGCCACUGCUGAAGGGACAGUCACUUCAGUCAGGGGUGGAUUUAUAGGGGGGGGGGGGUGGCCUUGGUCAACAGGGGUGCAAUAAAAUCAAAUUCAGAAAUAUGGCAUCAUUUCCAAGGUUUUUCCUUUGAAGUCAAACUGAAGCUCAUAAUUCAAUGCCCAUAUCGCAGGAAAUGGCAUUUCUAGGGUUCUAAUUUUCAAAAUUUCCCGGGGCAUACCCCUGAACCCCCUAGGUUGGGAAUUGUUUCCUGUCCCUAUACCCCUAUAUUUGCAGCUUUUGCACUACUGAGAUAUUUUUGAAAACAGCCCAAAUUACUGUCCUGCAGUGUGCACCAGUGAUCUAUAUCAUAGAUAUUGAAGAUAUGGACAGCAGCUAUUUAAAAUUAUGGUUAUAUUACUUAUAUAUAGAUCAAUGCCCAAUCAAAAUUGAGCAAACCAGUCAUGACUCAUUACUUAAACAUAAUAUUAAUAUACACAUAUUUACAUAUAUAAUAAUAAACAUAUGUAUGCAUAUUUACACAUCAUGGAAAUUCAGGAUAUAAUGCAAGAUGCAGGUUACAGGCAGGUAGAUUAUCCUCUCCCUCCCCAGGGUUUUUUUCAGGGAUUUUUUAGGACCGUAAAACAGCCCCAAAAACUCAAUCUUGAAUUGAGUUUUGAAACUCAAUCUUCUCACCAAAGUUUCAGUGCAGUAAAAAUGAAGUUGUUUGAGUUAAAUUCGUGACGUGUGGAAAUUAGUAUCAGUCGGAAACCCGACAAUCAACAAACAAAAACAACACAUUCGCCAUAUAACCAGUUUAUAGACAAGACAAGACAAGACAUUUUAUUUGAACCCACUUAUUACAUUAGUUUUACAUUACAUUAAUUUUUUGACAUGACAUGGGUUCCGUCUGCCCGAAAUAACCAUUAAGGGGCUAGAUGAAUCAGGCAGACGUUUUACACACAACGCUUGACAAACAGAUAUAACGAAGCUUAAUAUAUAAAGUAGUUAAUUUACAUAAAUAUUUUACUCAAUUUAGCAGAACCACAGAGAGAAGCAAAACACCAUAUAAUUAUGAAAUUAUUAUUAAAAUUUAGAAUGUUUUAGCAAAAUCAAUAACUAAAAAUAAUGAAAGCAAUUCAACAAUUCGAUACAUAAAUGAACAGAGCAAUAGGCUAAUAUGAAUAAAAAAACAUUUCCUUAAGUUUACUUUUUAGAUUAAAAACUGACAAUUUUUUAUCGGCCUCAUCAAGGGAAUUCCAUAUCUUAACACCCUGGUAUCUAAUAUUAAAAAUUCCAUAAUUAGUUCUUGUUUUUGGCAAAGAAUACGACUGCCUUGAUGCUAACCUCGUAUUAUAAGUAUGUAAUUCUUUGACUGGAGUGAAAAGAUUAUUAAAGAUAGGUGGUAAUUCCUCGUGAUAAUAAUCAUGCAUAAACAUCGUGGCAUGUAGAGUGAAAAGAUCAUGUAAUUUAAUUAUUUUUAGAGAUUUAAAUAUUGGUGUGGAAUGAGCAUCAAAUUUAGAAAAGUUAAUUAUACGCAAAGCCUUUUUCUGUAAAAUAAAUAAAGGUCGCAAAGAUGUAGGAUAUGUCAUACCCCAAGAUAUUAUACCAUAAAUGAGAAAAGGGUGAAUUAGAGCAUAAUAUAACUUUAUCAAGGUAUUCAGGUUGGUAAAAUAACGAAUUUUAGAGAGUAGACCGAUACUUCUUUUCAGUUUUUUUGCGAUAUAAUCAAUAUGGGAUUUCCAAUUCAAAUGAGAAUCAAUAUAAACUCCAAGAUACCUCAUACUCUGCACUCUUUUUAAUUCAAUACCAUUAAUCUUCAAUUUGAUGGCACAUGUUAUUUUCUUUUGGACUGGAUGAAAUAAAACGAAAUUAGAUUUUUCUAUGUUGAGAGACAACUUAUUUACACAAAGCCAAACAUGAAUAUUACUUAGUUCCCUGUUAACAUCAGACUCAAGUGACAAGAGAUUUUUGUGUUUAUAGAAUAAAUUUGAGUCAUCUGCAAAUAAAUGAAAAUCCAAUAAUUUUGAACAUUUAUGAAAAUCAUUAAUAUACAAGAGAAACAAUAGUGGACCAAGUACAGAUCCUUGCGGAACACCGCAAUUUAUUGUAGAUAGAUCUGAUGAUACAUUUUCACCAUUGCUACUCAGAAAAGAAACAAAAUGCUUUCUUCCACUUAGAUAAGAAACAAACCAUUGCUGAGCUAGCCCUCGAAUUCCAUACUUCUCCAACUUUUUAAUCAAAAUAUUAUGAUUGAUUGUGUCAAAAGCUUUACUUAAAUCUAGAAAUAUCCCACACGAGUGAUUUUUCUGCUCAAUAGCUUGUUGAAUUUUAUCAACUAUACAUAAAAUUGAAUGACUUGUUGAAUAUUUGGUACGAAAGCCAAAUUGCUUUUCGUAUAGAAUAUUUUUACGAUGGAGAAAAUGAAGAAGUCUUUUAUACAUGAGUUUCUCUAGUAACUUAUUAAAUAUUGAUAAAAGUGAAAUAGGUCGAUAAUUAUUCAGCAAACUAUGCGACCCUUUUUUAAAAACUGGGAUAACACGAGCUAUUUUAAAUUUAUCAGGAACUAUUCCUUCAGAUAUAGAGGCAUUAAAUAUUAUUUCUAAUGGUUUGCAUAUAACAUGUUUUAAAAUUUUCAUUGCCUUAAUUGGUAUGCUAAAUGGUCCGGGAGCCUUUCCAUUUUUUAAACUUGUUAUUUCAUUUUCAAUCUCUAUAGUUGUUACCGGAAAAAUAUAAAAACUAUCAUGAUCUGUUUCAUCUAAAUAAUCUAUUGGUGAUUUAUUUACAUUUGGUAUGGAACUUGAGAGGUUACUACCGAUAUUUGCAAAAUACUUUGAAAAUGAAUUAGCUAUUUCUUUUGAAUCAACUAUUUCACAAUUAUCAUCUUUAAUUUUAGUUGGAACUAAAUGGGCUUUUGGCUUCAGUUGAAUAAUUUCUUUGAUUCCUUUCCAUAUUAAUUUACUAUUAUGCAAAUUUGUAUCAAAAUAGCUAUUAUAAUAUUGACGUUUUGCAAUACGCAAAAGAUGAUUUAUUUUAUUUCGAUAAAAUUUAAACCUCAACUACUCUUAUUGGGUACAUGUGUCAGCCUCCCGCAGCUGCACCACACCCCCAGCUGGUCAGCUAAAUUCAAUCUUCUCUGCAAAAACGGACCCAAGAGAAAAUCGUGAAAAAAAACGCUGCCCCCCUGCCUAAUCCCAUUCCUUGAUAAUGUUGUUGUCUUUGGUUUACUCGAUGACAAUCCAUAUGCCUAAUAUCACCCACUCAAUUUUUUUUAGGGGUCCCUAUUUAAAAAUACCCCCCCCCCAUUGACAACUUUUUAGGGAAAAAAAUUUUUACGGACGAGUAUGUUGCAAUUGCUUUCCAGUGACUUUACCCGCACAUCAACUUGCUUCACUACUUCAAAGUCUUGCUUGACCACAGUUCGCUUAUCAUGAUGUUAUUACUCAAAUUACUGAAUAUCAAUUUGUCUCUAAUAAUUUUUUGCUUUAUCAUGAAAAAUAGCACCCCCUGCACCCCCCUGGCCAGGGCUAGGGGGUGCACCCCCCUGCACCCCCCUGGCCAGGGCUAGGGGGUGCACCCCCGCACCUGCACAUUAAAUGUUGAUGCCAUUUCUGCCAUUUUCCAGCACGAAAAGAAAAACCUGAAAAAAAAACUGUGAAAAGCUGUUACUACAUGCUCAUUUGGCAAAGAAGUAAACGAAGAACUUCAAACAUUAAAUAUUAACGAUAAUCUGGUCACAUGACAAAUAUUGAAAACAUCGAUAUUUUAAAAAAACUAUCGAUACCAUCUUUUGAAUUGUGAAUAUCGAAAGUAUCGAUACUUUAGUAGUGGUAUCGCCCACCACUACUUUGUUUUGCUCUGCUAAGUUAUACUACAUGACGCUACUUCAAGUGUCAAUCCCCACAUUGGGCAAUCUGAAAAAUUUCAUGACUGUGGUGGGAAUUGCCCCACAACCUCUGGCUUGAACUCUCAAUGCUUCACCAAAGUUUGGUCUUACAAACCGAAAGUCAGCUUCCUUGGUGUUCCAUAAAUUGAACAUGACUACUGUAACUGGACUUUUAAAAAUAAAUAUUUGACAAAAAAACACUUGUCUAGCUCAAAAUUGAGUGGGAACCGAAGCUACAAAGAUUUAGAUAUUUAAAUAACCCCGAAUUUUACCAACUAAUAAUGCAUCAUAUAUACAGUAUGUAUAUAUGUUUGUAAAUGUUCAACAAAUCAUAUGAAUUGCUUUAUAAUCUUGAAUGGUCGGUACCCAACAACUGCAUUCAAUGGCACUCUCAACCAUACUCGAAUACCCCUUUGCAAUGCGGUGCUGAUUUCAAGUAAUAAUAAAUCUGUGGGAUGGUUGUCAUCUCGAAAUUUAACUUGGAGGAACAUCUCAGAAUGUUUGCAGAAAUGGCUGCUGGAGCAUGACAAAAUCCUAGUUAAUUAAAGCAUAUAAUAUUAUCUCUUUUUGAAGCUUUGGACCCAUUUAAUGGCAUCAUUUUGAGGUCCACAUUUUGAGGGCACUAAUUCGUCAACAAAUCCUGCAGAACAGAAACUGCUUAUGACUUCCUUAAAUUCUGCUUACUAGGGGUCAAUAGAACUGAUCAUUAGCUCAAUGUUAAGAUUUGAGAGUUUGCAAAAGGAAAAAUUGUCAUCAUAACAGUUCAUCAUUUGGCCUUUAUGGGUUUGGGUUGGCAUUUAUUUUGUUUUUUAAUUUAAUAAAUUUAGUUAUACCUCUACAAUCUCUUGUGUUAGAUAUUUAGGUGAAGUUUUGAACCACAAUGGUGAAAGAUGGGAAAUACAACUUAAAGGCGCUGGAAAAACACCGUUUUCAAGGACUGCUGAUGGACGAAAAGUUUUGAGAUCCAGUAUUCGUGAAUUUUUGUGCAGUGAGGUUAGCCGGCUUGCUUUUGAUUUUAGUAAUAUCGUUUCCAUAUAACGUUCGAGAAAAUGAUCAUCAGUUAGGUAAGCAGGUAUGCUGCAGGUGUAUAUGUAUAGUAUGCUGCUGAGCAUUGCCGAAAGCUAGCCAAUGGCAAUUAAUAAACCUGUGCCAAAUAAACCCAAUUAAUUUAAGGCCAUGUUACACGGUGCAAUUUUUCUUGCAACUUGCAAUGCAAUUCUACUCUUGAGAGAUGUAAAAUUGCCAAAUACGAGUCUUCAUUACACUCCGCUGAUGUUUUCUCAACAUAUCGAAAAUUCUUCACUGAUUUCACUAAUUAACAUCUCUCAAGAGUAGAAUUGCAUUGCAAGUUGCAAGAAAAAUUGCACCGUGUAACAUGGCCUUUAAAGACAAUGGAUUUCUAUAGGUAUGAAUAAUACAAUAAUUUGAAAAUGUGCAUAGCAUGUAGAGGUGUGCAUCGGAUCGGAUUGGACGUUUAUAAUCCGACAAUUGCCUAAUGUUUAAAAUCCGAUCCGAAAUUGUCUAAUCCGAAUCCGAUCCGAGUUUUGAUAAAGAAUUCCGAUCCGAUCCGAAGAAUUCUUUAAUAAAAUAAAUUUCUCAUUCCAGUUGAAAUAUUUAACCAAAUAAAUACAAAAGCAAGAAAUACAUGUCAAGAAGCUGACAAAGUGACGUCCAAUUGAAGUAUCAAACGAAUAAUGCAGCGACAACCGCGAUAAUACUUUGAUAAAUGCAUGGAUAAUUAAUUCUUGCGAUAAUACGAGGAUAAGUAAUUCAUUUUAUUUCGGAUAUCGAAGUCCGAUCCGACUACGAAACAACUUUAUCAAUCCGAUCCGAAAUGAAUAUUUUGGUUCCGAAAUCUGAACGGAUCGGUUUCGGAUCGGAUUUGCACACCUCUAAUAGCAUGACCAGUUGCUAUGGUUAGCUUCGCCAAGUGCUGCUGCUGACUCAGCACCUGUAUAAUGUAUCAGGGAAUCCAUCAUAUCAGUAGCUUUGCAUGGAGUUGAUGCAUUUCAAUUAGUUUCCAGUCCAUGAUGAUUGAUGUGUGAGAUAUCUGGUAAUUUUACAAAGGAGAAUGUUGAUGUUGAAAGUUCAAUCCUUUUUCCCAGCCAAAAUUUUGUCUGAAUUGCAGUUAUCAAAGUUCAUGCAAUUUUCAUUUGGGAAAUUUCCAACAUGCCAACUUAAUGUGAUGAGUCCUGCUGUCUCUUUUCCUGGGUUUGCCUCUGACCGUCUGAGGUAGACUCUCAGACUUUAGGUGUCCAUAUCGUAUGUAACAUGUAAGAUGUCAGGAAAUAAUCCUCAUGAAGAAUGUAAAAUCUUUAUAUGAGAUGAUUCGGAAAAGGGAAAACAAAAAUUUCCUCUUUAUAUUCCUUAAAACUUUUCCUAGCCUGCUUUUUAGAAGACAGUAUCGAAUGUAUCGUACUCGUCACGCUUCUCCAUUUCUACAAUUUUAUCUGAGCCUGAGGUAAUUGUAUUCAAUUCGCUAUCAUGCAAUAAAUUUGUGUAAACAAGUCAUGAUUCUUCCUUUUUUGUCUUUCGAUACGUUUAGAGAUAAUGAAUUGCUUGUACAACGAGGACAGUGGGACACCUCUAUUUUAGUAUAUUAGCAAUUUUAAUCCACACACAUCACGACUAUUCUCCUCUGCAAAAAUUACCUUGUUAUAUAAUAUAUAUAUAUACCACUGUUUCAUAUUAUUCUGAGUUUCUGACACUGCAGAUAACAACGAAUUAUUCGUUGUCUCGAGCGGGAUUCGAUCUCACAUCUUCCGGUUUCUAGACCGCCGCUCUACCCGUUAAGCUAUCGAGUCAACGGAGAAAUCCAAAGAUGCGAGUUUGAAUAUCAAGACAACGAAAUUUCGUUGUUCUUUGCAGUGUCAGAAUAAUAUGAAACUAGUUUUUCAUAUCCCUGAUAAUGGUUCUGUAAUAUACUACUGUGCUUAUAUACAUAAUCCAUGGAGGGAAACUCAUUGAAACAUAUAACUGAACAGCAACAUCCUAGUUGCGUGGUGUGUAGUAUACCGACUUGGCAUAAAGACGACUUCAUAUUUUACACAUUGAUAUACCUUAAAGGCCGAUUUAAACUACAAAACUUUUGCCUAAAACUAUCGCAUGCAACCUGCUUACAACUUGAGUUGUACUGUGUAAAUCAAGCACACAACUCGCCCACGACCAGGGGCGAAACUAGCCCCUUUUAAUUAGGGGGAUGUCUGGCAGAAUUGUCCUGCCAAAACCAAUGAUACCCUGUAGCCUGCAGCGCCAGCGCUAAUACAAUACAUCACUAAGCUACGUGUAUAAUUGAACUGCCGAUGCCAAUGUACAUGCAUACGAACUGCUUAUUGUUUGCUAGCUGUAAUAAGUUACUUAAUAACUCUACAUUCUGUCAUUUAAAUUGUCGGGAUGAUUCGUAUUUUGGGGGGGGGGGGGCCCAAUACCCCCUCAAGUUUCGCCCCUGCCCACGACAAUUAACGUAAGUGAGUUGUGCUUGAUCUACACAGUACAACUCAAGUUGUAAGCAGGUUGUAUGCAACAGUUUUAGGCAAACGUUUUGUUGUCUAAAUCGGCUUUAAGAGAACCUGGUUGUCUGUAUUCCUUAAAUAAACGUUUUUUAAAAAUAUAUUAAUCUCAGUCUGUAAUUGUUUUCAGGCAAUGCAUCAUCUAGGUAUUCCGACAACACGUGGUAAGCAUAUUUUUCUUUUCGGUCCGUAUUAUAUAAAUGUAAUUUAUUGGUAACAUAUACUGUAGUCGGUCAGCAAAUUUUGCGAGUGCAACGUGGUCGACAUUCCUUGAACUGCAUGGAAUACGCAUCUCCCUACCCAUGUAUACUGCUCCGUUAAGCUACCGAUUAUCAGGCACAAAAUACAGCGAAAGUGCAAUUUUAUCAUUAUUUUUUAACACGGAUGAUUCGCGAGUGCAUAUUCCCAGGUCACCUUUCAUACAUUAAUUAAAUCCUUAUUUUGAUCAAUGUAAAUUUUCGGAGGAGGAAGCGGAAUUUGUAAGCUUGAAAAUGCUACAUUCCCAGGGGGGGGGGUUGCAUGCAAAGUGCGCAUAAAUUCACGUUUAAAAAAUCCUUAUGAAACCAGACAUAAUACUACAGUGCCGGGCCUUGAGCAUACGCAAAACAAGUGCAGCACAAGCUACAUACUACAGUAUUUUUGAAUAAAUACCAAACUAACAAAGUAACUUACUAUAUUCAAUUCCAGUUAUAACAAGAAAUUCCAUACUCUACAAGCAAUUAAUUCCCCUCCGCCUCAUCUCUCCAAACAUUUGAUAAUAUAGAGGAUAUAAGCUACCCUGGGUACGAGUAGCGUCACUUUGUUUUGAAAUUUGCGUCGUGUUUGUGAGUUUUGUUGUGAUUGCUGUACAUGUUUUUUCGCAGUAGACCAUAGUCUAUCGGAACAAAUAGAAAAGUAUGAUCAAACAUGCAAACACUAGAGGAAAUUUCUAAACAAAAUAACGCUACCCGUAAACGUAAACUGGAGCCAGGGGUAUCUUGACAUCUGUAAUGUAUAUACAGUAGCUAUAAUAUACAGUGCUUUUAUAGUGUAUUUUGUAUAUUGUUUGUAUUCUUUUGUUUACAGCACGCCGUGCCCCCCUCCCCGAAAUCAAUAGAGAGUUUGGCAAAUACAACGGCGAAUGUAAAUUACAUGGACCAUGGUCUUAAGCGUGGUGCAAUGCCGUAGCUGUUAAAACUAGUACAUGAUUUCCAUCAUUUUCACGGUGCAUGACUAUAUGGCAACAGUUAAAUCGUUAGAUGUUAUUUGAGGUGUUUUAUUUGAAUUCGCGGACUAUUUUUACUUAAUUAAGGGCUGUUUGAGAGAAACAGGAAUACCUAAAGAGGCAAAUUAAGUGUGGUAACGUAUACUUUGGCUCAAAUACAACAAUAUAAGUAAUUAUAUUUUGCCGUUGCCGUUCUAGGUUGCCAUGCAAACUCCCUAAUAUCAGGGCCCACAGUAAUUGGUGUAAACUGUUGUGGUGUCCCCGCCUCUUGUUAUGUCUCUUGUAUAUGAAUUGUUGUACUUGUAUUGUGUACGUUUAAAAACUUUUUUGUCAAAGCGAAGCUAAAUAAAUAUAUAAAUAAAUAAAUAAAUAUGUUGGGGCAAGCGUGUCUAAAUACUAUUUUAUGUUUGUAAUUGUUUCACAGACCUCAAGACCUAUAGUCUUCACACCUGUAAUACAUUCCAAAAUUCUAUAAAUUUUUUGCAUUUAUAGCUGGUUGCUGUAUUACGUCUGACACGAAGGUCGUCAGAGAUAUCUUUUAUGACGGAAAUCCGAUUUAUGAAAAAUCCAGUAUUGUACUGAGAAUAGCUCCAACUUUCAUCAGGUACCUUUAUAGUUGUAUUACCGCAUAUACAGGGUGUAUAAAAAAAAACUGAACAGAUUUAAAAUUGCUCUCAAUUUCGCAAAACAGCUAUUUGUAUCUUGUUUUUUAUAUAUAUAGCUUCUUUGGGUACUUAUAAUGUAAAAUAAUGAAAAAAAUUUCUCGAACUCAAAUUUUGUGAACCAGGGGGGUGUGUCUUUUCCAACAAACUAUAAAUGGCUCGCGCACAAAAUUUAAAAGCUGCAAUCAUAUUUUGAGUUAAUAGAUGGAAAAUUUGUCGGGAUUUUAAUUACUGUACAAAAUUUCAGACAAUUUGGUUUAGUUUAAGCCCCUUAACUAUUCACGCAAAGUUACAAUUUUCCCGAAAAAUCAGCUAUUUGCAUGCUUAAUUAAUGCAUUGCCUAAUUUGCAUAUGUCAGCAAUAUGCAAAUUAGGUAAAGGCAUUAAUUAAGCAUGCGAAAGGCUGACUUUUUAGAACAAAAUGAAUAGUUAAAGGGCUUAAACUAAACCAAAUUGUCUGAAAUUUUGUACAGUAAUUAAAAUCCCGACAGAUUUUCAAUCUAUCAACUCAAAAUAUUAUUACAGCUUUUAAAUUUUGUGCGCGAGCCAUUUUUAGUUUGUUGGAAAAGACACCCCCCCCCCCUGGUUCACAAAAUUUGAGGUCGAGAAAUUUUUUUCAUUAUUUUACAUUAUAAGUACCCAAAGAAGCUAUAUAUAUAAAAAAAACAGAUACAAAUAGGUGUUUUGCGAAAUUGAAAGCAAUUUCAAAUCUGUUCAGUUUUUUUUUAUACACCCUGUAUACAGUAGAUAUAUCUACAUUCAUAAUUCAUUACAAGUUGGCAAAGAACUAUACAAUGUGCAGUUAUCACGCCAACAUGAAUUAAUAAAGUUUAAGAAGCUAAAAUAGUAUUACUAAAAAGAAGAUAUAAAAACCAAUUUACAAUUAAAAUUAAGAUUUUAGUUUUCUCGCCGUUAACCCCACUUUUCCGAUUUGGAUCAUUUUGAUCAUUUUGUGAUUGAUCCAUUGAUCCAGUCUAAAAUUUAGCUGGAAUUCCCGGCACAUUUUAUUAUAUAUAUUAAAUGCAUAGAAAAGGAAAAGCGCGGGUGUUUCAUUUAUAUGAAAGACCUGAAAGCACGGCUGAAAGCUACUGUACCUAGUGCUACAGUGGUGUUAUUUAAGUGGCUGUUAUUUAUGUUUAGAUUUGGUUCUUUUGAAAUUGUGAAGCAGGCUGAUUUAAUGACUGGAAGGCGUGGUCCUAGCGCUGGACGAAAAGAUAUAUUAAUUCAAUUGCUUGACUAUGUCAUUAAAACAUUUUAUCCACAGGUGGGUCCAUGUUUUUCUAAAAUAUACGAGUUUUCAUUUUCUUUAAGUGGAAUCUACAUAAACAUAUAUGACACAAGAAGGAAGAUUCUCAAAACAAAAAUUCUCAAAAACAAAAAUUCUCAAAACCAUUCUCAAACAAAAAACAACGAAAUCUCAUAGCCUCGCGGUUUUCUCUUUAAAUAAUGAUUCGUUUUAGAUGUCAUAUCAAAUAUACUCGAGAGUGUAUCCAAAAAUCUCGAAAUAUGUUUAAAACCCUAGGCGAACAAAUUUCUUGGUGUUGCAGAUCACAUUAGGAAUGUUGCAUACUAUACUCUAUAGAGGCAAAUUCUAGGUUUUGAAGGAUUCGGUUCUAAGAAAUGUUUGAUGGAACUGACUCGCGGUGUUUACCAGGAACUUCGAUAGUGUAAUCGAGGCUUAUAUAUAGGUAAGGUUAUUCAGACUUGACACAUUUACACCACAACUGGCAAGAUUUAAUUUAUAACUCAGUUAUAUAGUUGAGGUAAAAUGUUCAGGUAAAAUUUAAGAAAAGAAUCAAUCAUGCAGUUGAAAAUAAGUAUAAGACCUUCUUUUAUAUUACGAAAUCCUGGCAGCCUUAUAAUAUUUCGUUCCUGACAUCCAUCUUCUGACAGUGACACGGCACCAAAUUCUCUGGCUUAACAUUCUCAUUUUCAUCUCCUAUAAUGAUAGUUAUUAAUAACUUCAUAUUAUUAUAUGGCUUUUCAAAAUUCUCUAUUCUGAUUGGUUGACAAGCGGUCCGUAAAAACCCAUAUCCGGACCGUGGUCCGUAUUUUCCGUAUCUGGACCAGUGUCCCGGAUGUCGUUUACCUGGCGGGAAAUUUUUGCUUUGCAAAUUACAGAAAAAAAUUUUUACUUUUUAAUUUUCCACUUGUGUGUCAUUAAAAUUUACAGAUAAAAAUUUCAAGAUUGAGCAUGCAUGCCUACAAUUUUAAUUGAGCAUGCAUGCCUACCGUAUAUUGUUAUCCAGUGAAACUGACGAUAGCCGAUUUAAUUCGCGCGAAAAGCAUAAAAGCAUUAUUGACCUCGCUUGUUCGGUCUGUACUGUGAAAUAUCAGACCUAUGUUUUUUGCAUGGACCUCGCUCCUUCGUCGCUCGGUCCAUACUAAAAAACCUCGGUCUGAUAUUUCACAGUACAGACCUCACGCUCGGUCAAUAAGCCGUUAUUCUAUGAAUUUUAGAUCUAUGCAGCACACGGUGAAAAUUCUGAAGACCGUUAUCUCGCUUUCUACAAGGAAGUUAUCGUGCGGACUGCUCGCCUGGUUGCAGAGUGGCAAUGUGUGGGAUUUUGCCAUGGGUGGGUACAACAUUAAAGGUUGCAUUUUUAACUAGUUUCAUAUUUAUUCUUACAACGAAAAAUUCGCUGUCUCGAGCGGGAUUCGAAAGAUAUAACGAAUUUUCCGUUGUUCCGGUGAUCCCUGAGGUGAUUCUAAAAUAGAAUCGAAACACUGCGCGUUCUCCAAGACAAGCGUUAAGUCGUCACGAAAAUAUUUCGUGCAUGCACUUAUAAGACUCGCUACCAAUCCCCGUUGACUUGAUGGCACAAUAGGUCGUCUAGAAGCCCGAAAAUGCGAGUUCGUUGUUCUCUGCAGUGUCAGAAUAAAUAUGGAACCAGUUUUUCAUAUCUGUGAGGACAUGUCAAACGUUCUGCCAGUAAUUAGUAUAGGUACCUCAAGAAAUAAAAAUAAAGUAUUUCAUAUUUACUGUAUUGCCUUUUAUAUACCUUAAUAUAGAGUUCUCAAUACGGACAAUAUGAACAUACUUGGCCUGACCAUUGAUUAUGGACCGUUUGGUUUUAUGGAUAAUUUCAACCCAGAUUUUGUGUGCAAUGCCUCUGGUAAGUUUUGAUUUCAGGAACGUGCGGGCACUAAGCAUGUGCAAGGGCUCGAAGAUAAAGCCUAAGAUCUAACACUACCUCGGAACCCAAGGACCUCCAUUUAUAUCAAUUAAAUGGUUGUCUUUUCGUUAAAGAGGAUUAUUGUAGAAUAUGACUGGAAGAGUCCUCCAGAUGAUUACAAUACUCUAAAUUUCACUUUCAAACGUGACAAUUUUUCACUUUCAAACGGCAUAAUUUGCGAUUGUUUGAGAAUUUGUCCCCAAAACAGUUGGGCAUAUAGUGCAGUUUGAAAAUGAACCAGAAUUUAUAAUUCGCUCUUGCGGCUUUAAAAUCAAAUACAUCUACUUAAGCCUAAACGAAUUUGUCCGUCCAUAUAUAUAUGUGGAUGGUCAGAUCGACUUAGAAAGUGAUCUCUGGGUUCAAAUUGUACUUUUCUGUGUUCCAGAUGACAUGGCCAGAUACAGUUAUAAGGCUCAGCCUGAAAUUUGCAAGUGGAACUUAAUAAAACUUGCGGAAGCGAUGGCUGAUGUUCUACCAAUAGCAAAAUCCCGAAUUCUACUGGAAGAUGUGUAUGUUUAUUUAACGUCUAUAUGCAAGAGGAUUACUUCAGAAGAAAGAAGAUCAAGUGUACAGUGGGCACUUACGGAGGGGGAGGGAUAUUAAGGCCGGGGGAGGUUCUAUUCCAAUAAUUGUUGUAAUAUCCGUGCAGCAUUGAGCUAUACAGAGUAUAUACUUGUCUUUGUGCAUGUUAUAUUUGAGAAAUAUUUUGCCAAAAAAGACAAGAAGGAUUCUGGUUAGUUGUUUCUUCCAUUCAAAUUCAUCCUAUAUAAAGUACGUUUCUUGUUUUAUUUUGUGCUAGCUAUGACCUGGAAUUUCUGGAUUACUAUCUGAAUAAAAUGCGGAGAAAGGUAGGGUUAACUUUAUUUCACUACGCCUGAUGAUGGAAGAAGCAACUUCCAAAACGUAUCCGGUUUAAGACUAGUUAAGUUCAAAACUAUUACUCGUGCACCCUCCAUGCAAUAAGCCCUAUUGAAACGCGUGACUGAAAUAAAUGAGCCCAAUCCUGUAGGGCUUAAAGAGUCAUUGUCAACCACAAUGCAUUUGUUUACAUCUUUACCUUCGGAAGUGAGAAAUAGCAAGAAAUGAAGAUUAUAAACAUUUCUUUGGUGCAAUUUUAGUAUAAAAAAGUUAAAAUUAGAAAGUAUAACCACAGGAUGGUAGUAAUAUAUUAUGGAUUGAAAACCGAAACAUCUAUUAUUCCGCCAUUAAAAUGGCCGCCAAGCAGGUUUGGGCGCGCAAUGCAUUGUGGUUGACAAUGACUCUUUAAUUAACAGAAGAUUUGUGGAAUACUUGCAUGAAUGAUUGGAGGAAGAUAAUUCAAUGUAUCGAGUAGAACACUUCUUGUAUGCUCUAUAUAUGAUUGUACAGGAUGUCUAAAAAAAACGCUACGGAAAUUCAACAGGCUGUCGGGCAUCAUAAACGUGGCUAAACAAUUCAAUUUUUACAUAGGACGAAAGAACAGUUAUUUAGCUUUUCUAUGAUAUAUUUCUUAAACCGUAACGAUGAGAAAUGGCCACAUACUCGUCAAAUAAAAAUUGCCGGUCGAAAUCACAUUCUUCCAUGCACCGUUGGGAAUUGCAUGGAAAACGAAACAAAAACAAUUCCCAAGAGGGAAUUAAAAUUGAAUGUUAAAUGAUCUAAAAUUAGCUCAACUCGUCAAUCUUCGUCUUAGUGACACCAUAAGAACGUCCAUUAUUGCAUUAAACAUGGUUCAAUUAACCCCUGAACAGAGAACAUUCGUAAUCAAAACGUUUUAGACUCGCGGUGCUUUUGGAUUAAUUAACUUUGCAUAAUUAAUGUAUUUUCAAUUCCCAACGGUGGAAGAAUGUGAUUUCGACUGAAAAUUUUUAUUUGACGAGUUUAUGGCCAUUUCUGAUCGUUACGGUUUAAGCAAUAUAUCAUAGAAAAGCUAAAUAACAGCUAGCUCUUUCGUCCCUAUGUAAAAAUUGAAUUGUUUAGUUAAGUUUGUGAUGCACAACAGCCUGUUGAAUUUCCAUAGCGUUUUUUUUUUGAGACACCCUGUAGAGGAGACAAUAACAUAAUAUUCAACACAAGGUUAAAAGUUAUGACUGAUGCAUUUUCAUGACAAACUAUACAUAGGGCAAAUUAAAUACGAAUAAUGUCACCGUUAAUAAAUACUAUUUGUACUUCAAAAACGGGAUCACUAUAUUAGAAACAUUAGAAAACGUAAUUGAAAUAUGUUGAUCAGUACUGCAUGUUGAAGAUUUGAUCAAUGUUAAAUUUUAGCUUGGAAUAACAUGGAAGGCACUUGCAAGCGAUCGGUAAGUCGGGUAAACAUUGUCAAUAAUGGUGGUAUAUAAUGAAUAAGUGUGGUUUGAAAGGAUUAUUGUCACACCAUGGUAUCGCGGGCUUUUGUUAUUGUUUUUAUCUUGCCCAAAAUCAACAAAUAACGAUAAAAAUUCUUUGCUUGGUACAUUUCUAAAUUUCUAAUAAGAGUCAGAUAAAAGAAGCAAGGAUUCUCUGGUUUGAAUAUACGACGGAUCUGUGAGUAAAUACCAACCUAACAUGAUCGUGUUUUGUGAUUGGCUUCAUGAAACAGUAGCGAUCAGUGUUUAUGACUCGUUCUUUAGAAAGGUAAUUUUUAUAGUUCAUUAGCUUUUAUUGUUAUGAUCAACCAAUCACAAAGCCAGUUCAUGUAAGUUGGUGGCGACCGAGAUCUGUUGAUCUACUCGGCCCAGCAGGACUUUGAGCCCGCAAUACAACGGUGUGACUCUAAUAUGUUGCCUCUGACACUAGCUCCUCUGACAUGCACUCUCUAAUAAGUUUCCCCUAGCUCUCUCUCCGGCGCUACGGAGACGUCUUUCAGCAGGGAAUCUAAUAGGUUGAUUCUUUUAUUCAAUGAUAUAUAUAGUCAGGUGGGCUAGUAUAUAUGUUUGUAAACUUACGCCUAUAAACUACCUAAAAUAGUACUGGCUACCAAAUACAUCACACAAACCAUAUGCAGUGAAAUAUAUGUGAAGAUAAUGGAAAAAUUUAAAGCAAAUAAACCUCGCAUGUUGCUUGACUAUAAAUAUCAACAGCCAUGUUACAGGCAUUACACUGUCUUUACAUUUCAGGAAAUUGGUUGAGGAACUAUUACAAACCAUGGAAGAAACAGGUAAAUAUGAAAUUUAUUAUUUUAUUUAUAUACCCUGUUUUAUACAUAUUUUUAUAGUGCAUGUUUCUGAGAAAGCACGAAGGAAAGUGUAGGUUCCUACAUCUAGUAGUAUUCUUCCCUUAUCUUUCCCUUGAUAAACCUUAGUACUGUACUUCCGGUAAAUGUUUGUCAAAAACUAUACACUCACGAUAUUUUUGGUUUCUAUUCUUUGUAGGAGCAGAUUUUACUAAUGUCUUUAGAUGUUUGUCACAAAUCAAAGUUCACGGUUCAGCUGAUUGUGAAAAGUAUGUCAACAACCUGAUUUUGCAUUUAUAUAAUACCUUAUUGAAUUCUGAUCGUUUAAUUGGCUGUUUAUGGUCACGUGAUAUUGAAUAGAAAAUUCCAUUUCCCAAGAGUGCAAUGGAAUACGUUCCAUUGCACUCUUGCGAGUGCAAUUGUACUAUACGUUUUAUUCCAUUGCACUCUUUGUGUUUUCGAUAAAUCGCAUCCGUCAAAAUGCUUCUCGUACGGCGAUCGCAGUUUAUUUUAACCCGAUAUUCGAAACUCAGUAAAUGGGAUUUAAUGCAAAUACGACUCGUCAAAAUGGCGGGAGCUUACAGUAAACCUUUUAAUAUUAGUCUAUUUUGGUAUUAUAUAAAACAAAUAACGAAUGUUUUUAUUCGUGCAAUGGUAAAAAUAUUUUCAUUCGGUGAAAGAUGGAAUGUUCCAUUCAACUCGGCUAUCGCCUCGUUGAAUGGAACAUUCCAUCUUUCACCUCAUGAAAAUAUUCUUACCAUUGCACUCAUAAACAUUCAUUAUUUGCAUAUAUAGGCACUAUAUAAACAAGAUAAAAAUUAAUUCGUUUUUCUGAAGCCGUAUACGGAAUAUGGACAUUCCACUUUUCGUUUCACGGAAAAUGUCUAAAUGGUUAAACUUUGGUGGUAUAUAAUUUUUUAAAGACCAUAUGAAAAUGCUUCUGAUAUAUCUGUUUCAAAUGCAAGCGAACCAUCACGUCUCCCUGAAACUAAUUUAAAUAGAAACAUCUGAGGAUUUUAAUUUGCUGUCGUUUGCAUCUAAGAAUGAAUAGUGACUGAUAGAAACCUUGUCUAUAUAUUUCGCUCGUGAAACCUUUAUGUAUACUUCUACGUAACUUGGAAGAUAUAGCUUCCCACGCCUCUUCAAAUGAGUUUUACAUAUGAUUAUAUGAUUUAUUAAAAAGUCCAAUUUUGCAGUCAAAGACUGAAUUACAUCGGUUUACAAGAUUAAGAACAGAUAAAAUGUCAAAAUACAACUCUAAAAAUAGUUAUAGUGGUAUUUACAUAGUGAAUUAUAUUACGAUUUACUAAUGUUGAAAGCUUUAAACACGAGAUAGUGAGACUUGGGGCGGUCAUAUUGGUGUGACUUGUGAAUUAUUCACUGGAAAGUUUCGAGAGGCCACCAAUAAUCAAUUUCUCUCUAGACAAUUUUUUUUAUUUCCUACCAAUCACCAGAACCUCUUGUAACAUGUCAGCAACAGGGAUGGAUUUAGUGGGUGUGCGCACCCCCCCCCCAGCCCUGGCCAGAGGAGGUGCUCUUUUGCAUGAUAAAGCAAAAAUAAUAUUAGAGACAAAAUGAGAUACAGUAGUUUGAGUAAUAACAUGAUGAUAAACGAACUGUGAACAACAAUUACAAUUCAAAUAUAGUAGUCAAACAAGACUUUGCAGUAGUGAAGCAAGUUGAUGGGCGGGCGGCAUACAUGACCGACACAACUCAGCACCAGAGCUGGCAGAGCACCCCCCCCACUAGAUCAUUUAUGCAUACGCUCUGUAUCCAAACUGAGAUCAAUAGUUGAUAUAGUAAAGGUCUUGUAUGCAUGCAUGGACGUAACCGUCUCGUUUGCAUCUUUCCUUUUUGUGCCAUUUAAUAUUACAAACAUUAAUCUUAUUGUUCUUAUUUUAAUGAAUAAUGUAUUCGUUGUGGUACCAAUAAAGUUGUUAUAUAAAAUUACAGACAUUGAAAGUAUUGAAGUUUCGAAGUGUCAUGUUGCUACCUAUUUCCGACUGUUCAUCCGUACAUUAGAUGAAAACGAUUUUCAAAGUUUCAGAUUUGAACAACUUAAUAUUUCGCUCUUAUAUCUAAUAGAAAUAACGAGGACGUUUUGGAAUACAUCCUUUCACAGUGCUUGGAUCCAUCUGAUCUUCCAAAAGAACCUGCAGUAUCAGGGUAAGCUGCCUUAUAUUUCUCGAGAUUUUCGUCCAUAUGAAUUGUACAUGGAUGUCAACGACUAUGUCACAAGGUGGUCAUUAACCAGGUCAGAAGGGAAGCUCGAGGACCUCUGACUUGCCCCUAGCUCCCUUGCGAAAUUGUCGACUACCCACUGGAAAAAUUCUGACCAAUAUACAUAUGUGCAUUACAUUUUCAUUAUCCUUCAGUUUAAAUUAUAUAUCUUGCAAGGGUUUAAGUGUUUUGGAUCGUUAUGUUCGUUACAGUCUCAAAUUGAUUACAAAUGGGAACUUAUAUGUCCCAUUGUAAUUUAUUCAUAAUAUAUUCAUAAUAUAUAUUUUGUUGAAAAUUUGCAUGUUUAUAUAAGCUCGGAUCAACCGAGGAUUAGGGCGCCGGAAGAGUGCGUGAUAUGCAUUUUUUUAAAUUGUAAGAGUUGGAACGCUCAUCAAGUCACUUUUAUUUUGUUAAUCUAGAGCUUGAAAUGUACCCCGUAACAAUGUGUAACUGGCAAUUCUCAUGAACUCUUUUGACUGGGCUUUUUACGCAACAAUUUACCUACGUACACGUGAUAACAUUAAUGCCGCUGCGACUGUUCUCAAAGUUAAUUUCAAAAAAGAGAUUAAUAAACAUUAUAUAAUCGUGUGACAUAUUUGCUCUGGUUAGACAACUUCAAUUAUUAUUGCUGAUGAUGAACAGUAAUCCCGCACUGGCAGCUCAGUUUGAAGGAAGUCCAUGGAUUCAAGCUGAGAAAGAAAAGAUGGAAAAAGCAAAAAAGCUACAAG